ACCAUCUGCACACUUUUAUGUGGAGACUUCCAAGAAUGGAAAUUUCUUUUUCUUUUUCUUUCAGGUGACACACACAUGAUAAAUGCCUGGAUAUGACAGAUUAGAUAGUUCCUUUGGAUGUGUACUCCAUUUUGUAACUAUACUAUGGAAUUAUCGGUAAGAUUAACUUAUGCAUGAAAAUUCUAUGAAGCGCACAGAGUUCGACUCAGGCAAAGCUUGCUUUUUUUUCGUUUUUGAAGGGACAAAAGAUGAAAGGAGAAUGGUUAGAGCUUUUUCAAUUAGCGAAAAAACAAAGUGAAUGUCUAUGACAGAGUAUAAAAGAAAGAGAGAUGCGCAACGUGUGAAAGUCUUGGACAAGUAUGAUAUUAUAGGCUUUAUCAGUUCGGGAACAUAUGGUCGUGUAUAUAAAGCCAAAUCUAAAAACAAAGAUGACCAUCGUCUAUUUGCAAUAAAAAAAUUCAAGCCUGAUCGUGAAGGAGAUUCACAUCAUUAUGUAGGCAUUUCACAAUCAGCUUGUAGAGAGAUCGCUCUAUGUAGAGAGCUACGGCAUGAAAAUAUAGUGGCUUUAGAAGAAGUACUACUCGAGGAUAAGGCUAUUUUUAUGGUUUUCGAAUAUGCAGAACAUGAUUUCUUGCAAAUCAUCCAUUAUCAUUUGCAUACAGAACGGAAGCCACUACCUGAAGUGGUCAUCAAAUCGUUAUUAUGGCAACUCAUCAACGGUGUCGCUUAUCUACAUGCAAAUUGGGUUCUACAUAGAGAUCUCAAACCCGCAAACGUGCUACUCACCAGUGACGGUGUGGUAAAAACUGGCGAUUUGGGUCUUGCCAGACUUUUCUACAAACCACUUCAGCCCUUAUUCAACGGCGAUAAAGUUGUUGUUACUAUUUGGUAUCGUGCACCAGAAUUACUUCUUGGUUCGAGGCAUUAUACCAAAGCAGUGGAUAUGUGGGCGGUAGGAUGCAUUUUUGGCGAAAUGCUUGCGCUUAAACCCAUCUUCAAAGGCGAAGAAGUUAAAAUGGACGGCAAAAAAAACAUGCCGUUUCAGCGCAGUCAGUUGACAAAAAUAUUUGAAAUAAUGGGUACGCCGACGAAAGAACGAUGGCCAACCAUAGAUCAACUGCCUGAUUAUCCACAACUCAGUUCAUUUCCUCCAUGUCAGAAUAAUUUGAAGCAAGUGUACCAAAUGAUGGUAUGCUCUAAGAGUGAGUCGGCAUUUAAUUUAUUGUCACAACUAUUAGAAUACGAUCCUGCAAAACGAAUCACAGCUGAAAAAGCAUUGAAUCACCCUUACUUCCAAGAAGACCCGAAACCCAUUCCCAACGUUUUAGCACAACAAGGCAUUGAAUACCCUCUUCGACGAAUCACAAAGGAGGAUAAUGAUAUUAAAGCACCUACGAAGGCUGUUUUACCCACCCAGCAAAAAGUGGAUCACUCAAAUCAAAGGAACGCAAAAAAAGCGCGAAACGCGUGAUGAAAGGAGAGGUUUAAUAAAAGUGGGAAGCUCAAAUGUGGCUUCCUAACCUAUAUAUAUAUAUAUAAUAUAAAAUCACAAGGACUGGUCACUCAUAGAUUCGUUGAGUUUUUAAACAAAACCCAUUUGCAUCAACGAAGGUAAAUCUGCACCAUAAAUGCUGCACUCAGUCGAAGUAUAAUAUAUAGAGUUAUUAGAUAUACCAUACGUUUUCCGAGUUGUUUUGUUAUUGUUACACCUGAAUCUUUUUUUUGCAGGAGUGUUACUU